GCGCCCGCAUUUCCCUUCGGCAGCCGGCCCCGGGCCCUGGCACCAUGCUCCGGCUCCUCCGGCUGCUGCUGCUGCUACUGCUGCUGCCGCCCCCGGGGUCCCCGGAGCCCCGCCUGGCCCCGCUGUCCCCCGGGGCGCGCCCUCAGCCCCCCGACUUGCUCUACGCCGACGGGCUGCGCGCCUACGCGGCCGGGGCUUGGGCGCCGGCGGUGGCGCUGCUGCGCGAGGCGCUGCGGAGCCAGGCGGCGGUGGGCCGCGCUCGGCGGGAUUGCGGGGCGCGCUGUGCCGCGGAGCCCGGGGAAGCGCUCCCCCCGCCCCUGGAGCCGGGCCCCGAGCCCCGAGCGGCGCGGGGCUCCUGGGAGCCGCUGCUCCUCCGCGCCGCGCUCCGCCGCGCAGAGUGCCUGAGCCAGUGCGGGGCGCAGAGCCUGGGCCCCGGGGGCGCGGCGCGGCUCCGCGUGGGGAGCGCGCUCCGGGAAGCUUUCCGCCGCCGAGAGCCCUACAACUACCUGCAGAGGGCCUACUACCAGCUGAAGAAGUUGGACCUGGCAGUAGCUGCAGCGCACACCUUCUUUGUAGCAAACCCAACACACCUGCAGAUGCGGGAGGACAUGGCUAAGUACAGACGGAUGUCGGGGGUUCGGCCCCAGAGCUUCCGGGACCUGGAGACACCCCCAUACUGGGCAGCUUAUGACACUGGACUGGAGCUACUGGGGCGCCAGGAAGCAGGACUGGCACUGCCCAAACUGGAGGAGGCCCUGCAGGAGAGCCUGGCCCAGAUGGAGAGCUGCCGGGCUAGCUGUGAAGGGCCUGAGGAGCAGCAGAGAGAGGAAGAGGAGGAAAAAGGGGCUGGGAGUCAAGGAGGCCUCUAUGAGGCCAUUGCAAGGCACUGGAUUCAUGUCCUACAGUGCCGGCAGCGCUGUGUGGGGGACACAGCCACGCGACCUGGUCGCAGUUUCCCUGUCCCCGAUUUCCUUCCCAGUCAGCUGAGGCGGCUGCACCAAGCCCAUGCACAGGUGGGGAAUCUGUCCCAGGCUGUGGAAAAUGUCUUGAGUGUCCUGCUCUUUUACCCGGAUGAUGAAGCCGCCAAGAAGGCUCUGAACCAGUACCAAGCCCAGCUGGGAGAGCCAAGGCCCGACCUGGGGCCCAGAGAGGAUAUCCAGCGCUUCAUCCUGAGGUCUCUGGGAGAGAAGAAGCAGCUCUACUAUGCCAUGGAGCACCUGGGGGCCAGCUUCCAUGACCCAGACCCCUGGACCCCACCAGCUCUCAUCCCUGAGGCACUUAGAGAGAAGCUCAGAGAGGAUCAAGAGAAGAGGCCUUGGGAUGAUGAGCCUCCACAGCCCAAGCCUUUCACCGCCUGGAAGGAUGUCCUCCUAUUGGAGGGAGUGACCCUGACCCAGGACGCGAGACAGCUGAAUGGGUCAGAGCGGGUAGUGUUGGACGGGCUACUCACGCCUGCCGAGUGUGGGAUGCUGCUACAGCUGGCCAAGGAUGCUGCUGGGGCUGGAACCAGGUCUGGUUACCGUGGCCGGCGCUCCCCGCACACUCCCCAUGAGCGCUUCGAGGGGCUCACAGUACUCAAGGCUGCUCAGCUGGCCCAGGCUGGGACUGUCCGUGGGCAGGCCGCUAAGCUCCUGCUGGAGGCCAGCGAGCGUGUGCGGACCUUGACACAGGCCUACUUCUCUCCAGAGCGGCCCCUGCAUCUUUCCUUCACCCACCUGGUGUGCCGCAGCGCCAUAGAAGGCGAGCAGGAGCAGCGCAUGGACCUGAGUCACCCAGUGCAUGCUGACAACUGUGUCCUGGACCCCGACACCGGAGAGUGCUGGCCGGAGCCCCCAGCCUACACCUACCGGGAUUACAGUGGACUCCUCUACCUCAAUGAAGACUUCCAGGGUGGGGACCUGUUCUUUACAGAACCCGAUGCUGUCACCGUGACGGCUCGGGUUCGUCCUCGCUGUGGACGCCUCGUGGCCUUCAGCUCGGGUGGGGAGAACCCCCAUGGAGUGUGGGCCGUGACGAGGGGACGGCGCUGCGCCCUGGCACUGUGGCAUACAUGGGCACCUGAGCACAGGGAGCAGGAGUGGACAGAAGCCAAAAAGCUGCUGCAUGAGUCAGAGGAAGAGGAGGAAGAGGAAGAAAUGCCCAACAGAGACCCUUCCCCAGAACCCCCCAGUCUCAGACUUCAGCAGGUACAAGACAAGCCUAGGAAGCUGCCUCGGGUUCGAGAGGAGCUGUGAGAAGCCAAGCCAGCUCUUUGGAGACAUGGCCACUUGGCUUGUGAAGGGCCGCCUGGAUGCCAGGGCCCACGGGAAACCUCCAUAGAGCAGGAGCGGAACAACAAACUCUGCCCUGUGCCGCCCCAUCUUGGGGAUCUCAAAGGCCAUGCAGCCCUGGACUCAGAGGAUGCCGCACAUACUAGUCUAGAGCUCCCCAGGCCUGGGGAGCCAGGCCAGACCCCAAUUGGUAGCCAUCCAGACCUAGGACAGACAGACUGCACUAUGCCUGCCUGGAAGGAAACAGCAGGUGGACCUGACUGCUGGAAAUGGGGAUGAGAAGGGAGGAUAACCCCACUGCCCUCCCCCAGCUGGUCAAUAAAGAAUGUGAAGAUCUCUCCACCAAAGCCGAGUCAAGUGUUUCCCCAUUUCUGCAGCUCUCUGGGGUGGGUGUGGCAA